ACAGAGUAGCGGUUGACAACAUCCCGCAGCAGGAUCACAGUCAAGAUGGUUACGCUGGACUUCAAGACGCUGACGACACCUGUGGGCAUUUUGAGGAUCCUGGAAGUGAUCUUUACUUGUGUCACUUUCAGCGUGUUUGCAUCAGAUGGCAUCUGGCCUUUCCCCUAUCCGGUUUGGUGCAUGUUCACUUGGUGCUUCUGCUUUGGUGUCAGCAUCUUUAUACUGGUCCUAGAUUUCCUCAGCCUCAGCUCGAAGCUGCCCAUCUCCUGGAAUGACCUUACCGCUUUCUUUGUCAUGCUGGCUACCCUAAUGGUUCUCUCAGCAUCCAUCAUCAACUCCAUCUUCUUAACUUGUGAAAACUGCGGCAAAGAGAUUGUUGUCAGCGUUAUCUCCUUCUUGGCUUUUAUCUGCUAUGCUGUUGAGGUUGGACUGACUCUGGCCAAACCUGGUGAAAAAAGUUACUUUCUUUCCACUGUGCCGGGCCUGCUCAAAGUCCUAGAGAUCUUUGUGGCCUGCAUUAUCUUAAUCCAUUGUCCAAUUAUUCAGUACCAUCCAGCUGGUCUGUGGUGUAUUGCUGUCUUCUCCAUUUGUUUAAUUUUUUCCAUCUUCCUCAUGAUUUCCACUAUUGGUCGCAUGCUGCCCCGCUUCCCUGCAUCUGUAAACAAAUUUCUGAAAGCCUGCCAUCUGCUGGCCGUGCUGAUGUACUCCACUGCUGCCAUAAUCUUGCCCAUCAUCUUCUUUUGGAACUAUCCCAGACCAUACCCCUGCGAAAGAUACUGCCUCUGGGAUUUGCUUCUUUUUAUCUGUUUAAUGACCUGUUUUAACCUGAUUGCCUACAUUGUGGAUGCCGUGUAUUCUUUCAAGUCGAUCUCUCUCCCCACUCAAACAUGAUUACAUCCAUGCUUUGAAUUGAAUGCAAAUGCUUUGGUUCUGUUGUGAUUUUGCCUUUAUCAAAACUAUGUAUAAAUGAAAUAUAACUUUUGUUUACCAACAUAAUCAGGGCUAGAUGUUUCUAUUUGUCCAUGCCUCUUAUUGAUACUUAUUAUUCAUAAAACGUGAUUUAAAAAAUAUUUUGCUAAAUGUAUAGAAAUUUAACUAAACAUUUUGGUAUAUCUGUAAAACUUUGCUAAAUUGUAUUGUUAUUCAUGCUUUCAUAAAAAGGCUGUUGUCUGUAAUAGCACAUCAGAAACAAGAAAUGUACGUUCAACCAA